AUGUGUUCGGCCGUCGUUGAGACGAGCAAGAGAUCGACGCCCGCUGGGGUCGGUAUGUGUUCGGCCGUCGUUGAGACGAGCAAGAGAUCGACGCCCGCUGGGGUCGGUAUGUGUUCGGCCGUCGUUGAGACGAGCAAGAGAUCGACGCCCGCUGGGAUGGACGAAUCUCGACCGUUGCCCGCGUUCAGGUGCGAACAGAUCGAAGGCGGCAGGUUGGCCAAAGAGUGGCAGGAAUGGAAAGGGUCUCUCCAGUGCUAUUUUGACUCCUAUGAGAUCACGGAUCAGAAGUUGAUGAGAGCAAAGAUGCUGCAUUUGGGAGGACCGCAGCUGCAAAAGGUUUUUCGCAGCCUGGACGGAACGGAAGACUUCCCGGAGGAACUCGUUGAAAAACCUUGGUACGACGCUGCCAUCGAAAAACUUGAUGCCUAUUUCAAGCCACGCCGACAGGAUGUCCUCGAGAGGCACAAGUUGCGUAAUAUGAAACAAGCUCCGAACGAACGGUUUGCCCACUUCGUUCUCCGUUUGAGGCAGCAGAUGCAGGAUUGCGGAUUUGAGAAAUAUCGUCCCAAGGUCCGGCGGAUCAUCGAGGAAAUGUUGAUGAUCGAUGUAAUCGUGGAAGGGUGUGCGUCACAGGACCUGCGCCGGAAAAUUCUGGCGAAAGAUCAAACAUUGGCGGAAAUUGAAGCGAUGGGAGAGUCGAUCGAGAGCGUUCUCAUGCAGGAGAAGGAGCUUGGCAAGGGAAAUGACUCAGGGCGCAGUGCGUACAGCGAGGUGUGCAAGAUCACCAAGGACAAGGGAUCAAGAAGGCAAGCUCACUUCGAGAAUCGGUCGAAGGAUGAGGAGCAUUGCCCGUGGACCUGUUUUGCUUGCGGACGCCGGGGUCACAAGGCGAUGGACAAGGAGUGUCCAGCAAAUGGCCGGAAUUGCAACAAGUGUAACGCCAUUGGCCAUUUUGGGUUGAGGUGCCCCAAGUCGAAGCGGAGUUUUAAGCAAGAGAUUCCCGAACAACCCUCGAAGAAGAUCCGAUCUGUGGAAGCAAGCGAUAAUCGGUCAGAGGAGAUGGACAUCAAGAAGGUGUACUACACUUUCUAUGGCGGAAACACGACAAAUGUGGUGGAAGUGAACAUCGGCGGUGUUUCAACGGAAAUGUUGGUCGAUUCAGGCUCAGAUGCCAAUUUGAUUACCUCGAAAACAUGGCAAAAGUUGAAGUUCAGACAGGUGGAACUUUUGAGCUGCAGAAAGGGCGGGAACAAAAUUCUUCGAUCGUACGCAAGCGAAGUUCCGCUUGUUAUUCUGGGCACCUUCCAGGCGGUGGUUAUGGUUGGUGAGCUUUCCACUGAGGCGGAGUUCUUCGUCGUAGAAAAUGGUCAGCGUGAUCUGAUCGGUGAUUUUACGUCUAAACGUCUGGGCAUACUUAAGGUGGGACUCGAUGUGCAGAGUGUCCAGGGCGGCUCGACAGAGACGAUGCCUUUCUCUAGUAUCAAGGGUGCAAAGGUUCACAUCCAAAUGGAUCCGGAUGUUAAGCCGGUGUUUCAGCCUCUGAGGCGAAUUCCAAUUGCACUCGAGGACGCUGUCAACAAGAAGCUGGACGAUCUGCUCAGACGGGACAUCAUUGAGGUGAAGACGGGUCCGGCAACCUGGGUAUCCCCAUUAGUCGUAGCGAACAAAGCAAACGGAGAGAUCCGUUUGUGCGUUGAUCUUCGACGGGUGAACCAAGCUGUGGUUCGGGAGCGCCAUCCCAUGCCGCUGGAUGAGGAGUCGCGAGACAUCGUCACGUUCAUAACGCAUCGCGGGUUGUAUCGCUUCACGCGGCUCACUUUUGGGCUGGUGUCGGCGCCGGAAGUGUUUCAGCGGCACAUGGACGAAAUGCUUGCUGAUUGUGAGGGUGCUUACUGGUACUUGGACGAUGUCGGUAUCGUAGGAGAUACUGUUGAAGAGCACGACGCUCGGUUGAACAAGGUGCUCAAACGGUUCAGCCCGCACGGCAUUCGACCCUCGUUGGCAAAGCAGGAAGCGGUGCUGUCUUUUCGAAGGCCGGAAAACGAAAGCGAAGUGAGAAGUUUUCUGGGUCUUGCUAACUACAUGGGCAAAUUCGUGCACGAUCUUGCCACUAUCGACGAACCGCUGCGAAAAUUGACGCAAAAGGGAACAAAAUUUGAAUGGGGAGACCAAGCGGAAGCAGCCUUCGUUGAAAUUAAGGGUAGAAUCGCAAACGCGCAGUGUCUUGGGUUUUAUCGAGUAGAACACGUAACAAGUGUCAUUGCUGAUGCUAGCCAGUAUGCGUUGGGGGCCGUUCUCGUUCAAACAGAUUCCCAGCAGCAGUCGCGGAUAAUCUGUUUUGCCUCCAAGUCGCUCACGGACACGGAACGUCGAUACUGCCAGACAGAACGAGAGGCCUUGGCGCUAGUUUGGAGCGUUGAACGUUUCCAGAUAUACCUCAUCGGAAGAGAGUUCAACCUGUUGACGGACUGCAAGGCUUUGACAUUCUUGUUCAAACCCACAUCACGACCAUGUGCACGCAUCGAAAGGUGGGUUCUUCGCCUGCAAGCGUUCCAGUACAAGACUGUGUUUAUUUCCGGGAAGGACAACAUUGCAGACGCUCUCUCAAGGUUAUCAAUCACAGUUCCAGUACCAUUUGAUCUCUCGGAGGAGUUGACAAUUCAGGAGGUUAGUGGUGGGGCUGCUUCGAUGAUCGCUGUGAAGUGGGAGGAAAUUAAAACCGCUAGUGGUGCUGAUCUUGAAAUACAAGAGGUUUUUCAAGCACUGGAGUCGGGUUGCACUGACGAGAUGUCGCUGCCGUACAAAGUGAUUGCACCCGAGCUGUGCCGAGUUGACGGAGUAUUGUUGAGAGGUGACCGGAUUGUAAUACCUGACAGGCUGCGCGAACGCGUUAUUCAACUGGGACAUGAAGGGCACCCUGGAGCACGCGUAAUGAAAGAGCAUUUACGGUCGACGGUUUGGUGGCCCAAGAUUGAUCGACAAGUUGAGGAUUUUGUUAAAGCUUGUCGAGGAUGCACAUUAGUCUCAGCGCCUAACCCGCCCGAACCAAUGAUCCGAAAGGAGCUACCCGUCGGACCGUGGCAGCAAAUUGCCAUUGAUUUUAUGGGCCCGCUUCCGGAUGGCGAAAAUCUGUUGGUUUGCGUCGAUUAUUAUAGUAGAUACGUAGAGGUAGUAGAGAUGACGGAUAUUUCGACAGCGUCCACCAUCAAGGAACUGCUAACAGUAUUCUCGCGGUAUGGUGUACCCGAAUCUAUUCGAGCAGACAACGGCCCACAACUUUCAUCAGCGGAGUUUAAAGAGUUCUGCCUGGAAUAUGGUGUGGCAUUAGUGAGCACAAUACCGUACUGGCCGCAGAUGAAUGGCGAGGUCGAGAGGCAAAAUCGGUCAAUGGGAAAACGUCUACAGAUUGCUCACGACCUUGGUCUGGAUUGGCGUGUUGAACUACGAAAGUAUGUGUUGACGUACCACUCUACAAAGCACUCAACCACCGGUCACUCUCCGGCGGAGCUGAUGUUCAACCGGAAGUUGCGAACAAAGUUGCCGUGUAUUCCUACUACAACUGCUGACGAUGGAGAGGUGCGCGAUCGUGACCGAAUCGAGAAGGAAAAGGGAAGAAUGUAUGCUGACAGGAAGCGAAAUGCGACGUUUAGUGACAUCACGGUGGGUGACACGGUAGUGGCGAAGCGUAUGAGAAGGCAGAACAAGGUGGAGUCGGAAUUUGCGCCGGAAGAAUUCCAAGUGGUUCGGAAGAAGGGAAGUGACGUGACUAUUAAGUCAUCGGUCGAUGGGAAGCAGUACAGGAGAUGCUCUACACACCUCAAAAGGGUUCGACGUGCGGGAAGUGAUGAAACACCAUUCGAAGAUGGUCCUGUAAUGGAAUCUGUUGUGGAUAGUCCGGAACCGGAGUUCGCCGGGGAUGCGAACAUUGGCGAGCUUGAAGAAAACGGUGAUUUGAAUGAGACGGUUGAAGAGGGUCCGUCGAACUCAAAGAGAAAGCGAUGUGAACCGAACCGCUUCAAAGAUUACAUUCCAUAUUGA